GGCCCCUCCUGUCUCCUGGACUAUAAAGACCCUCCGGGCCCGGUCUCUCACCGGGGUCUGCAGACUUCCACCUGAGCAAGCAACCUCCCGCCAACCCACACCAUGGCGCCCUUUGAGAAGUCCAUGGAGAUGAUGCCCUUCAAGCAGAGGAAGUGUUUAGAAACAAGGAAAGAUGAAGUGUGCAGCAUCCGGUCCAAGUUCCCCAACAAGUUACCCGUGAUCGUGGAGCGUUACCUGCGCGAGAAGGCCCUCCCUCUGCUGGACAAGACCAAGUUCUUGGUUCCCUUCGAGCUCACCUUAGGACAGUUCCUGUGCCUGCUCAGGAACAAGAUCGACCUGGAGUCCAGCCAGGCUCUCUUCCUGCUGGUGGCGGAGAGGAGCAUGUCCUGCAUGUCCUCCAGCAUGGGGGAGGUCUACUCUCGCUACCGGGACCCCGACGGCUUCCUCUACAUCACCUACGCCUCGCAGGAGAUGUUCGGGGGCAGCUGAGCCGUGGAGAACCCGGGCCAGCAGGCCCAACUUUGGACAUUUUCAACACCGCCUGACUCUCAGCGUCCCGGUUUUUCUGGCGACACGAGGGUCCGCCUCCGCCACGUCUCACGGGAUCCCAGCCAGGAACUUCCACUUGACGGCGAAUGUCUUUGAGUCCAGGACAAAAGAGAAGAAAGGUUUUUUUUAGUCAUCCCACAAUGUGAAGGCUGCUGACGCUCAGUACGCAAAACAACUAAUAAACCUCCUUUCAAUACGU